ACUAUCUCACUGGCUGAUUGUUCGGGCCCUGCACUGGCGACGAAUUGAAUGGAUUACGGGGUGAAUAACAAGUCUUUUGCCAUGAAAGAGUAUCCGGCACAGGGAGUCGUGGACGGUCGGCCGAUGGCAGUUGCGUAAGCGGACAAGCCGGGGGAAUGGAGCACGUUUUACCCGCAUAAGGUUAUCAGAUAAGUACUUGGACAUCAUUUGCUCACGAGCUGAACUUGCUCAAGCACGCCCGCCAUGUUGUCAAGAGUAUCCUCCAGCGUCGCCUGCAAGUCUGCCCUGCGCGCUGCCGCAAAACGAACAGCAGCUAUUGAAGCGCGAAGGUCGUUUGUUCAACCCUCUGGUGCUGACAGAGCAAGUGUCGUCGACUUGCCUUCAACAUAUCAAGAGGAUGGAUUCUUCACACCACGAGCAGAUAUGCUCGGUUUCAAACUUGAGAUGCCUCGCAGAGAGGAUGCUAUUACCGGAAAGGCGCGGCCAAUUUAUCUAGACAUGCAGGCAACAACUCCAGUAGACCCAAGGGUGCUUGAUGCAAUGCUACCAUACUUUACCGACCAGUUCGGUAAUCCGCAUAGUCGGACACAUGCGUACGGCUGGGAGGCAGAGAAGGCGGUCGAGGAUGCACGGCGGGAAGUCGCAAGUCUCAUUGGCGCUGAUUCGAAAGACAUCGUCUUCACCUCUGGCGCAACCGAGUCCAAUAAUAUGGCUAUCAAAGGUGUAGCCCGGUUCCACAAAGAAAAGAAGCGGCAUAUCAUUACCACUCAAACAGAACACAAAUGCGUGCUUGAUUCGUGCCGGAAAUUGCAGGAGGAAGGUUUUGACGUCACAUAUCUUCCCGUCCAACGCAACGGCGUUAUCGACUUGAAAGAACUUGAAGCAGCGAUCCGACCUGAUACAUCGCUGGUUUCAAUAAUGACCGUUAACAACGAGACUGGCGUGAUCCAACCUAUCAAGGAGAUUGGAGCGCUUCUCCGAAAACAUCGCGGAAUCUAUUUCCAUACAGACGCUGCUCAAGCGGCAGGCAAAAUUCCAUUGGACGUGAACGAGAUGAACGUCGACCUCAUGUCACUUUCAGGGCACAAGCUCUAUGGUCCGAAGGGCGUUGGUGCAGCUUAUGUGAGGCGGAGACCUAGGGUUCGAUUAGAGCCCAUUAUCAACGGAGGUGGACAGGAGCGAGGACUUCGGAGUGGAACCCUGCCAACAGCGCUAAUAGUUGGUCUGGGUGAAUCUGCACGGAUCGCAAGGCUAGAGAUGGAGCGAGAUCAUGCUUGGGUAAAAUCCCUCUCAGAUCGUCUCAUCCACAAGAUCAACGCCCAAGUAGAACAUGUUGUGCGGAAUGGUGACCCAUCUGGAUACCCCGGAUGCGUCAACUUAAGCUUUGCAUAUGUCGAGGGGGAGAGUCUUUUGAUGGCACUCAAGGACAUAGCGCUAUCUUCUGGUAGCGCAUGCACCUCGGCGUCUCUCGAGCCAUCAUAUGUUCUUCGCGCCCUUGGUGCGGCGGAAGAUAUGGCACAUUCUUCAUUACGAUUUGGCAUGGGAAGGUUCACGACGGAGGCUGAAAUCGAUUAUGUCGUGGAAAAAAUCGUGGCUACCGUUCAGAAGUUGCGUGAUAUGAGGUACGUUUUCUAUCUUCCCGUUGUGUUUGUAUACAUGGCUCACUUGACAUGCACUUCACAUAGCCCGCUAUGGGAGAUGGUCCAGGAGGGUAUCGACAUCAACACUAUUAACUGGGCACAGCACUAAGGCUCUUCGCGUCUGUGCCUUUCUUCCAUAUUGCGAAUUACUGGUUCAACCAACUAUCUGUCAGCCUGGGUGCAUUGCGGUGCUUUUUUUGCAUCAACCGAGGACGCUGUAGGGCGUCAUACCAUUCUCAGUUAUCAACGUUAUGAAUUUGCAUUUCUUGCAUCUUGCAGCUAUUCUAUGUACUUCUAUUGUGGAUUGUAAUGAACAACGAUACAGCAUUAUUCCGAUUUGUUGGCUCUUCGCUGAACCAGGAGGCGGGCGUAAACUUAAGCUUAAGGCCGAUGACUGGGCGGAACUGCGACAGCUGCUGCUCUAUUCUUUUUUUUGCCACUGCGCCAGGAACUCGGGUUUGAAACAAGUAAACGAAGUAAAACAUCUAACAGACACGGAUUCCAGAAUAUGACAAGCUGGAGGUCAAAACAAAUUUUAGGUUGCGAUCAAGAACAUGUACAGCUACUAUACAGGCAGUGUGAGAGACUACACAACCAUGUCAACUUUACAGCGGGGGGUUAGCCCGGGAAACAAGGGUCUGGAAAUACUCCUGGAACCAGGUACCAGCCUCAGGAGCUGGCUGAUCAGCAU